AUGCUCAGCACGAUGAAGUUACUGAAGGCCUCCUUGCCGUCAAACAACCCAUUUCUAAAAUACAUCGCUACCCUGAGCGUGGACGGAGGUCAGGCACAGUACUUCAAACUACACGAAAUUGACCCCAGAUAUGAUGGUUUACCCUUUUCGAUUCGCGUCCUCCUUGAAUCAGCCGUCCGAAAUUGUGAUGAGUUCGAUAUCACAUCGAAAGCAGUUGAAAAUAUACUGAGUUGGAGCGAGAACUGCCACAAGAGUAUUGAAAUCCCCUUCAAACCAGCGCGCGUGGUGCUCCAGGACUUCACUGGCGUUCCCUGCGUUGUGGAUUUGGCCGCCAUGCGUGAUGCAACGAAGCGUUUGGGAGGUGAUGUUGACAAGAUCAAUCCCCAGAUUCCGGUGGAACUUGUGGUUGACCACUCUGUUCAGGUGGACAGCUAUGGGACUCCGGAAGCAGCAAAGCUUAAUCAGGACAUUGAAAUGCAGCGCAAUCGGGAGCGGUUCGAAUUCCUUAAGUGGGGGUCUGAGGCAUUUCACAAUCUGUUAAUUGUCCCUCCGGGAUCUGGGAUCGUUCACCAAGUGAACCUUGAGUAUCUUGCCCGAGUUGUAUUCAAUAACGACGGAGUUUUGUAUCCUGAUUCCGUUGUAGGGACUGAUUCGCACACGACAAUGGUUAAUGGUGUUGGUGUAAUCGGCUGGGGCGUCGGUGGUAUUGAGGCGGAAGCGGGCAUGUUGGGGCAGUCGCUCUCUAUGGUGCUUCCGGAGGUGGUGGGCUACAGAUUUACUGGUAAACUCUCGGAGGGUUGCACAGCUACCGACCUGGUGCUGACAGUUGUGAGGAACCUACGGAAGCUGGGUGUUGUGGGGAAAUUCGUUGAAUUUUAUGGACCCGGCGUCGAUACUCUUUCACUGCCUGAUCGCGCAACACUAGCGAACAUGGCACCAGAGUACGGGGCCACCACGGGUUUCUUCCCAAUUGACCAAGAAACACUCAACUACCUCCGUUGCACGGGCCGAGAUGCAGAGCACCUUGCACGUAUUGAGAAGUAUACCAAAGCCACGAAAAUGUUCCGUACAGGUGACGAAAAAAUUUCGUAUUCGCAGAAUAUUGAGCUGGACCUUUCUACAGUGGAACCAUCACUUGCCGGGCCCAAACGUCCACAUGAUCACAUCUUAUUGAGGAAUAUGAAGCAAGACUUCGAAGCGUGCCUUGGCGCCAAGACGGGCUUCAAGGGGUUUGGCAUUCCCGAUGGGGAACACAAGAAGGAGGUAAAAUACACGGUUGACGGGAAAGAAGCGGUUAUGCGCCACGGAAGUGUCGUCAUUGCUGCUAUUACUUCCUGUACAAACACCUCGAAUCCGAAUGUUCUUAUUGCAGCAGGAUUAUUGGCAAAAAAGGCCGUCGAAAAGGGGUUAAAAGUCCCAGCAGGUGUUAAAACCUCUCUUUCCCCGGGGUCGCAUGUCGUUACCAAGUAUCUUGAAAACUCUGGGCUGCAAAGUUUUCUUGACGAAUUGCGUUUUCAUACAACGGGGUACGGCUGCAUGACAUGCAUCGGGAAUGCGGGUGAUGUUGAUCCCGCCGUAUCGAAGUGCAUUAACGAUAAUAACUUUGUCGCGGCUGCUGUGCUAUCGGGUAAUCGUAACUUUGAGGCACGAAUUCAUCCCCAAACGGCUGCAAACUACCUGGCUUCGCCUCCUCUUGUUGUUGCGUAUGCCCUGGCUGGGCGAGUUAACAUCGAUUUUGCGACCGAGCCGAUUGCCAACGAUGUGUAUCUUCGGGACAUUUGGCCCACGAACGACGAAGUUUCUGCUGUGGUGCGGGAACAUGUCACGCCGGACCUUUUCAAAACUGUUUAUAAAUCGAUCACAACACUUAACGAACAGUGGAACGGUUUGAAGGUGAAAGGGGGUACCCAGUAUGAAUGGCAGGAAUCCACAUAUAUCCACAAACCACCGUACUUCGAGAAAAUGACCAUGGAGGUCACACCAAACGUGGUAUUUAAGAAUGCCGCGUGCUUGGCAGUGUUCGGCGACUCCAUAACCACAGACCAUAUUUCUCCGGCCGGAAAUAUCGCCAAGGAUUCACCGGCCGCCCAAUUUCUGCAAGGGCUUGGGGUAGCAAGGAAAGACUUCAACACCUACGGCGCGCGUCGCGGAAAUGACAUGGUAAUGGUUCGUGGAACAUUUGCCAACACCCGACUUGGUAACCGCAUCGUUGGUGAGGGGCAAACGGGUCCCUUCACCAUUCAUUGGCCGACCAAUGAGAAGGUUUACAUAUUCGAUGCCGCCAUGAGAUACGCAGAGGAGAAUACACCUCUUGUUAUUCUCGCCGGAAAGGAAUAUGGGAGUGGCUCUUCCCGCGACUGGGCGGCGAAAGGCCCAUUUUUGCAGGGUGUAAAGGUUGUAAUUGCCGAGAGCUUUGAACGCAUCCACCGCUCCAACCUCGUUGGGAUGGGGAUUGUGCCCCUGCAGUUCCGUCAAGGUGAAAGUGUGGAGUCACUUGGACUCACUGGGAGGGAGCGCUUCAACUUUGAUUUCUCCGGCGGCAUACAUCCCGGACAGGAAGUGACUGUCCAGAAAGAUGACGGCUCUUCCUUCAGUGCUAUCCUCCGCAUUGACACAGAGAUGGAGGUAAAGUAUGUGGAACACGGCGGCAUCCUGCAGUAUGUGCUCCGCGAGAAAAUCAAGGGUAAUUUGUAG